GGCUCUGGUAGCACAACUAAGCAGAGCACCGGAAACGGCCGUGUUGUUGUUUCUGUUUUUAAUCCCUGUUUUUGCGCUGCUGGGGGUUUAGCCCUGCUGUGAAAUUAAUCCUCAGAGAGGGUUUAAGUAGCUAAAUCUGUUUAAUCAGGUAGUUUUGCUUUAGGGCGUGUUUUAAUAUUAUUCAGUUCCCGCUCCGGUACCGAGUACUUUUUCUGUGUAGACAGGAACUGGAAACCAUUUUUUUUUAUUUUUGCGCUCGUUUCUUCAAGGAUGGCGGCAAACGAGGGCGGCGAGGAGGCGACCGUGUCUCUGGUGGACGUGCUGGAGGAGGACGAGGAGCUGGAGCAGGAGGCUUCAGCCGUGCUGGGGGGCAGCGACUCGGAGAAGUGCUCCUAUCCUGAGGGAUAUGUCAAGCGUCAAGCCCUAUAUGCAUGCAACACCUGUACACCAAAGGGAGGAGAACCUGCAGGGAUUUGCCUGGCCUGUUCCUACAAGUGCCAUGAGGGCCAUGAACUAUUUGAGCUCUAUACCAAGAGGAAUUUCCGAUGUGACUGUGGAAAUGACAAGUUUGGGGAACUUGAGUGCAAAUUAUUCACAGAGAAAGAGAAAGUGAAUUCUGGGAAUAAAUACAGUCAUAAUUUCUUUGGCUUGUAUUGCACCUGUGACCGGCCUUACCCAGACCCAGAGGAUGAGGUUUCUGAUGAGAUGAUUCAAUGCAUUGUCUGUGAGGACUGGCUCCAUGGUCGGCACUUGGGCUGUGUGGUGCCAGAGUGUGUGGAGCUUCAGGAAAUGAUCUGCGAGUCUUGCAUGAAUAAAUCCCCUUUCCUCUGGACCUAUGCUGCUCAUAUUGCUGUGCCUCCAGUACUCAAAGUAUGUAAAGCAGAGGAGGCAGAGAAGGUAGAUGUGGAUCAUGUUGAAGAGGAGAGUAAGCCUGAAAAGGAGGAUUCUAAGAGCCCAGUGGAUGACAAGCAGGUGGAGAUGAACGGGACUGCAGGCUGUAAGCGGAAGCUCCAGGAGCUGGAGAACAGCUCUGCAGAGGGCUCGUGCUCAGGCUGCAGGCUUGCAGAGAUGAAGACUUCUGGGCAGAGCAGAGCUCAGCAGGGUGCUGUGUUCUGGCCGGCUGCUUGGCGCGCUAAACUCUGCUCCUGCACCCACUGCAAGAAUGUGUUCACGGAUGCUGGAGUGGCCUUCCUCCUGGAUGAGACGGAUACAGUGCUUGCUUAUGAGAACAAGGGCAAAACCACAGAGCAGGCAGGUGGGGCAGAGGGCCGUGACCCUCUGAUGUCUGCCCUAAACACCCUGAAUCGUGUCCAGCAGCUGGAGAUCAUUCAUGAGUAUAAUGACAUGAAGACAGAGCUGAAAGAUUACUUGCAGAGAUUUGCAGCAGAGGGCAAGGUGGUGACUCCAGAAGACAUCCGCAACUUCUUUGAGCAGCAGCAGAGUCGUAAAAGGCGACGGGCCAAUGCUGGUCAAUACUACUGCAGUUGAACUGCUUCUCAGCAAACCCGUACUAUAGCCUGCCACCUACACGUUGAUCCCGGCCUCGUCACCCCCUCAACAGCACCUCCCCAAAACCUGUUCUGUUUUUCUUAGUAUAUGCAGACAUAAAUCCAUAAAUCUUACAUCGGUUUGUUUUGAAUUUGUGAGUUAUGCAUAUGGUUGAUAUUCCCAAAGAUAUUUUUUUGUCCCUGUUUCAGUUCUUUUCAGCAGGGUAAAAGUUGGAUCAGACCGACCAGCUGCACCUUUAAGUGGCUGUGCAUUUCAGGGCUCAUUUCUGAUGUUUGUCCAGCAUCAGGUUGAACUUUAAUUCUAUGGUAGACAAUGAGACAGCAAUUCUCUGAUGCCUUGUCCAUAUACGCCCAUUUAUUCCUCAGGAGUUUUCUCUUGUAGCAGUUAACAAUACAGCCAUUUUAUACCAAAACACAGUAAGUGUUAAAAAAAAAAAAGUUGAGAGGUCUGAUGCUUAAUCUGAACCGUUGUGGUGUGAUACAGAGUGGAGGGGCAACAUCAGAAAAGCCUUUAGCUUAUUAGCACGUGGAAAACCCAAAUCUCACAACCACUUUAUGAUGCAUAUCAGAUGUCUUAACCAAUCAUUGUGAUAAUUGCAUGGGUUAAAUGCUGAAGGCAGAAGCCCCAGUCAGAAUGUUUUUCUGCAUGUUUCUCGCUGGUGUUUGAAGCUUAGUAGAUCAUGAACAGAUUUAUUUUGCUUCAGCCAGGCUGUUGACUGGACAGGUGGACAUCAGUGUACAUGUAAUUCUCCCCCUAAAAGCACAUCCUGAUUGGGGCUUUCAGUAUAUCAGGCCAUUUGAUGAUGGUUGUGACCAAGUAGUAAUUUUAUUAUGAUUGUUUUAUGUAUUUACUUUGUAGAUCUUCUGUUACUUUGUACAUGUAUGUAUCUUUAAGAAAUAAACAUUAUUAAAUUUUA